AUGGACCUUUUUCUCCCGCGGCGACUCGCAGCCGCCGACCUCCUGACGAGUGAAUGCUUCGACUGCCAGGAAGGUUUCGGCGACGGAGUUUUCCAGAGGCGGCUGCUGAUCCUCACCGCCGUCACCAUCUUCCUGCUGAACGGUAACGCCGUACUGCUACCCCUAAUCUCGCACGACGUGGACCAUUGGUGCAAGAGACCGGCCGCAUACAACGUCUCGGUGGACGCCUGGAAGAACGAUGCCAUACCGGUGGGCGCCGACGGACGCCACAGUCGUUGCCACGUAUUCGAGAACCCCGGUGACUCGCCGAACGACACUAGCAAUGUGGUCGAGUGCUACGAGUGGGACUACGACCAAGCACAAGCCUCGACCUCAGUCAUAAGCGUCUGGAACAUGGUUUGCCACAGGCGCGCCUUGCUCGCCGCCGCAAUGGCUGCGCAGCACGCGGGUUCCGGCGUGUUCCUGCUGCUGUCGGGUGCCGCGGCCGACCUAUUCGGCAGGAUGCCUGUUCAGCUCGUGGUCGCGACGGCUACGAUUGCGUCGACAGUAGCUGGAUGCCUGGCCCCCAACUACGCGCUUUACACCUUGGCGCAGUUUUUCGUAUCCGGCUGUGUGGCUGCGAGCUCCGCCAUGACCGUGCUCGUCUGCUUCGAGGUUACCGUCCACGAACACAGGCCGUUGUACCUCAUCUUCGCUGCGACAGCGAGCUUCGUGCUGGGCGACCUAUGGUUUGUGAUCAUUACGAGCCUGCAGAUAAGCUGGGCCUUGAAACAAGCCGUGUUUCUCUCGCCGACACUGCUUCUACUCGCAACGUUCGGAGCCGCGCAAGAAUCGCCGCGCUGGCUCAUCGCCAAGGGCAAUCUGAAAGAGGCCAAGGCCACGAUGCUGAUCGCGGCCGAGAUGAACCGCUUUUCCUUCGCCGGCACAGCCUGCCUUCUCGACAAACUGAUGCUGAAGAGGGAUCGCUGGAAGUACCGGAACUGUGCCGCCUACUCCACCGUCAAACAAGGCCCGUUGCUCGACGCCGCCUCGGUUCGGCGGCGAGCGUUGAUUAUGUUCGCCGUCCAGUUCUCGCUGAUGUUCGCCGUCUUCACAGACGUCAUAUCAAUGGUGGCGCGAAGCGACGACAGCGAGGGCAGCAGUGGUUGGUUCAUGGGUGCCGCGUUCGUUGGCAGCCUGCUCAGCUACGCAGCCAUGCACACUGCGGUCACCCGCUUUGCUCUGGUGAAGGUGUUCAGCGUGGCUUCCUUGGUGGCCGGCUGCACCCACUGUCUGCUCACUUUCGUCGUAAGCUUCCAUCCGGCGGCCACCGUUCUACUGGCGCUCUCGCGUGGAAUCCUUGUCGUAGCCAUCGUCGUCAGCGUCGCGUACAUCAUGGAGACAGUCCCUACGGCCGUGCGCGGUGUGGCCCUGUGCUGGGCCCUCGCUAGUGGCAGCAUCGGCGCCCUCUGCGCCAGUUCAACGCUGGUGUUACAGCAGCUCGGCCGUGAGGACGUAGCGUUUGCCAUGGCGGCGCUCUUGCUCUUGGUGUCGCUGUUUGUGAUAUCCGACCUGCCCGCUUCCUCUGCUGUCGAGUGCAAGGUCACCGAUGCCGCGACGAGGCGGCAGCCCUCGAUCUCAAGCAAGGUCUCCAUAGACCACAUGAAGAAGACGCUGGAACAGUGCCCCCUAGAGAAGUACAGCUCGAUGGUUUCCAAGUCGACCACCAGGAGCAAGAGAAGCAUGUCGGAUGGUUCGCUGCGCUUGUCUUCGUCCCACAGCAUACCGCACCAGUUCUGA